AUGUGGUCGGGAUAUGGACCUGGCCUGUUCCUGUAUGACUGUUCCUCCGGGCCAGGCAAAAUGAAGUUCCUCUCCCAAUCAAAUUUGAAGAACUUCAGUAGGACCAUCUAUCAACCUUCGCCCAACAUCAAGAAGCCCAUCACAAAACUGAUUACAAGGCUACACAAAUCACGGCGAACUGCGACCCCAGAGCCUCGAUUUGGGGUUGCUUAUUUUGUGAUCGAAAACGAACACGAACCCCACACGUACUGCGUCGAGGGCCCGGGCCUCGUGUACCAUGUGGUCUCCGGUCGGUUAAAGGAAGUGUCGGUGUCUUUAUUCCACGGCCCAGACGCCCAGUGGCCUCAUAUCGGGGGAUGUGCUCCGGGGCCAUAUUCCUCAACCAUUACCAUCAGGUUUUCCAAACACGAGCAGGCGGACCAUCAAACAAAAACCAUCUUCACCUACCCCGAAACCAAUGUGGAAAUGGACAAAUGGGACCACGCCUUCACAAUGCCUAUCGAUGACAGCACGCGAAGUUUUGUUUGGAAAAAAUCCCACUCAGGUUGGAAUAGAGAGCUCGAGCUGUGGGAUAACACAAGCCUGGCAGGGGAGUUGGUGGCCUAUUUUGAAGGCGGCCAGCCAAAAUGCACUGAAUCCUUGCAUGCAAAUCCAUCCGGUGGCAUCCAGGAGAGCUGCACGGAAGGCAAGUGUGAAAAUAAACUCUACAUCUUAAACAAGUAUAAAUAUCAUACAGCACUCCGACUUGUCGCGCUUAUGACCUAUUUUGCUGCGCAAAAUUUGCUUUGUAUUGUUAAGCGACAACAAGAGGAAUAUGAACGUGGGAUCAAAGCUGGCAAUGGCCUCAUGAGCACAAUCAACGAACACGAUGUGUUCGGAUAA